AUGCAUACAGGUGCAUCCGGAUGUGGAAAAUCAACAAUUAUUCAACUCCUGGAACGAUUCUAUGAUGUUACAAGUGGUCAAAUACUUCUUGAUGGCAUCGAUAUUCGACAACUAAACCUUCAGUGGAUUCGUUCUCAUCUCGGACUCGUCAGUCAAGAACCAAUUUUGUUCGAUUUAACAAUUGCUGAAAAUAUAGCAUAUGGUUUAGAAAAUGUUCCAAUGGAAGAUAUUAUCAAUGCAGCAAGUAGAGCUAAUAUUCAUCAAUUUAUUGAAGAAUUGCCUCAGGGUUAUGAAACAAAAGUAGGAAUGAAAGGGAGGUUUCUGUCUGGUGGUGAGAAACAACGUGUUGCUAUUGCUCGAGUUCUUCUUCGUCAACCUAAAGUAUUGCUCUUAGAUGAAGCCACAAGUGCCAUGGAUUCACAAAAUGAACAAAUUGUACAAGAAGCUCUUGAGCAAGCUCGAACAGAAGAUCCUAGUCGAACAUCACUUACGAUUGCUCAUCGUCUUUCAACUAUUCGUUCAUGUGACUUGAUUUAUGUACUAGAUAGAGGACAUAUAGUGGAACAUGGUACUCAUGCCGAAUUGGUACAACGACGUGAAGCUUAUUAUAAAAUGCUUGAUCAAAACACUUUACAAUGA